AUGCCCAUAAGCACAGCACCUCGUAGUCAGCCCAACCUGUCGGAUGUCCGAGUUUUCACCAUCCUUCCUAAACAUGAGAAGAUAGAAGAAGAGAGUGUCCCAGGCUAUAAGGCUGAGAGUUUCUACUCCGUGACACUUGGGAACGUCUUCAAUUCGAGGUAUACGGUUCUCGCGAAGCUCGGUUUUGGCACUGCUUCAACCUGGCCAUUUUCCCACCACAUCAAAUCAAUCGAGGCAGACCAUCCAGGUCUAGAAAGGAUUAGGGUAGCGUUUGACGAUUUUAAAGUUGAAGGACCUUCGGGAUCCCACCAGUGUCUGAUCCACACCCCGUUAGGCAUGAAUUAUACGGAGUUUCGAAAUCGAAUGCCAGGUCAAGCUUUAUCGACGGAGUUGCUACAACAAAGCCUGCUUAUGGUUCUGCUUGGCCUUGACUUGCUGCAUCAGGCAGGGGUCGUGCACACAGACAUAUCGCCCAACAAUAUCCUCCUUGGUGUCGAGGAUAUGUCAAUCUUCUCCAAGAUUGAGCAAUCAGAAAGAGAUCAUCCAUCUCCUCGGAAGCUCUUUAGCAACCGAAGCAUUUACCUCUCUCACGAAAUGCCGCUUACGCAUGGUGCGCCCAUUAUAUCCGACUUUGGCGCGGCUCGAUUGGGUGUUCCAGGUCAGAAGCACUCUGGUGACGUCAUGCCUGGAGUCUACCGAGCACCUGAGGUUGUUCUGGGUAUGGAGUGGGACUCUAGUAUUGAUAUAUGGUCGGUUGCUGUCAUGAUCUGGGAUCUGUUCGAGGGGAGCCGACUUUUCCGCGCUGUGAAAGAUGGCCAUCUUGACGACGAGCAACAUCUUGCCGAAGUGGUCUCUCUGCUAGGUCCUCCGCCAAAGAAAUUCUUGAAAAUGAGCGAAAGGUGCAGUCAAUACUGGGAUAAAGAGGGCAAUUGGAUCGGCACGGUACCAGUACCAAAUCAGACUAUAGAAACGCGCGAAGGUCGCCUUUCAGGCAAGGACAAAGAACUUCUUCUAGGACUCGUUCGCAAGGUAUCGCGAUGGGUUCCAGAAGAGAGACUAUCAGCGAAAGAUCUAUUCGACGAUGAAUUCUUGAACCAGUUCAAGAUUUUAGGUAGAGGAAGUGCCUAG